AAUUUAUAUCAAAAUGGUGGCUUUUAGUAAACUUCAGCAGCGUGUCACCGAAGCUAUUUCUGCCAAUAAUUACGGUCUUGCUGCUUUGGGGGCUGCCACUGUGGCAUUCUUUAUUUGGAAUAAAUCUAGACUUGAAGAAAAGGAAAAAAAAUUACGUCAGAAAAAUGCCAAGGAACAUACUGCUGUUUCAUUAGAAGCAGAACAUGUGGAAAGCAAGAAAAGCAAAGUAAAAAGUCGUGCUGCAGUUGAUAAAAAAUUUUUCAGGAAUUUAUUUCAGCUGAUAAAAAUUGUUAUUCCUGGAUGGCUGACUCCUGAGACGGGCUUGUUGCUUUUGGUGGCUGCUUCACUGCUAACUCGGACAUAUUGUGACCUUUGGAUGAUCCAAAAUACAACAAGUACUGAAAGAGCGAUUAUUGGUCGGGAUAUUGAAGCUUUUAAGAAGAAUAUUCUUGCAUUUGUAUACCGUAUGCCUCUUCUUUCAAUUGUUAAUAAUGUUCUCAAGUUUGGCCUGAAUGAAUUGGAGCUUCGUUUUAGGACGAGAAUGACGAAAUAUCUCCUAUCAAAAUAUUUGAGUAAUUUUGUCUACUAUAAAAUAAGCAACCUUGAUUCAAGGAUAUCUAACCCAGAUCAACUUCUUACUCAGGAUGUGGAGAAAUUCUGCAGUGGUUUAGUGGAAUUGUAUUCAAAUCUUAGCAAGCCCAUUUUAGACAUCAUAUUGUACGUGUACAGGCUUGCUGGUGCGAUUGGAUUACAGGGACCUCUUGCAAUGUUGGGUUAUCUCACCAUAUCAGGUUUUGUUCUAACGAGACUAAGACGUCCGGCAGGACGGAUGACAGUCGAAGAACAACAUCUAGAGGGAGAAUACAGAUACGUUAACUCCAGAUUACUCACAAAUAGUGAAGAAAUUGCUUUCUAUCAGGGAGAUUCGCGAGAAAAAUUGAUCAUAAAUCAUGCUUUUCAAAGACUCGUGAAUCAUCUAAGAACAUUCUUACAAUUUCGAGUUACCAUGGGUUUCUUUGACAGCAUAAUUGCAAAAUAUAUUGGUUUGGUUGUUGGUUUCUCGGUUGUCAGUAUUCCUUUCUUAAACCUGGCUAACCCAAGAUAUAUCAACAGUUCAUAUAGUGAUAGAUUACAGGAUUAUUAUGUCAGUGGUCGUAUGAUGGUCAAGAUGGGUGAGGCCGUUGGCAGGGUCGCUCUCGCUGGUCGAGAAUUAACUAGACUUGCUGGCUUUACAGAACGGGUGAAGGAAAUUAUUGAUGUUUUAAAUGAUUUGAACCGAGGGGUUUAUAAAAGGACAAUGGUUUCCCAGAGGAAGGAGGGAGAUGAAGCUGAAGUUGAUAGUUCGCUAAAGAUAAACACAGAUUGUCCAGCAGGAGUAAUUGUAGAAUGCGAUCAUGUCAUACGAUUUGAAAAUGUCCCAUUGGUUACUCCUAAUGGCGAUGUUUUAGUGAGGGAGUUAAGCUUCCAGGUAAAAUCUGGUAUGAACGUGCUCGUUUGUGGUCCAAACGGUUGUGGAAAAAGCUCGUUGUUCCGGAUUUUAGGAGAGUUGUGGCCACUUUUUGGUGGAAAGUUGGUUAAACCUCACAAAAGUAAACUGUUUUAUGUUCCUCAGCGACCGUACCUUGCAAUAGGGACAUUACGGGACCAAGUCAUAUAUCCAGACUCCACUGAACAACAAAAAGAAAAAGAAAUAUCUGAUGAAGAAUUGGAAGAAUUUUUAAGACAGGUUCAUCUUGAAUACAUCUUAGAAAGAGAAGGUGGAUGGGAUGCUGUUCAGGACUGGAUGGAUGUUCUUAGUGGUGGAGAAAAACAACGAAUUGCGAUGGCUCGAUUGUUCUACCAUCGUCCCCAGUUUGCGAUAUUGGAUGAGUGCACAAGUGCUGUUAGUGUUGAUGUCGAGGGAUUUAUUUACAGCCAUUGCCGCGAGAUUGGUAUAACGCUGUUUACAGUUUCACAUAGGAAGUCACUCUGGAAGCAUCAUGAGUUUGUUUUACAUCUGGACGGCCGUGGCGCUUACGAAUUUAAAAAGAUAGACCCUAGCGUGGAGGAAUUUGGUUCAUAAAAGGGAAAAUAUUCAGGAAGUAACGACUCUUAUGAAGAUAAUUUAGCCACUAUGUAAUGAAUGAUGAGUAACUCUAUAUAUAGAGAUGAGAUGAACGUGCCGUCGAAACAAACUAAACAUACACGUCUCGACACAAGUUAUUCUGUUUAGGAAGAUUUAUUGGGCUGUAACAAUUAUUAUAUGACUAAUAUGAGCCAUAUGGACUAUAAUGAGGUGCAUAGGGUGUAUGAUAACUGUGUAUCCGAAAAUGAUGUGUCACCAGAUUUGAUCAACGACCUGAUGAAUUUUUGACAUUGAUAUAUAAUGCUGACAAGCAAUUGCCGAUCUUGUCACGAUUGAUAAUCGCAUAUAAAAUAUUUUUAUGGUGCUACUUCUAUCCACAUUUUCGCACCAAAUGCCGACUACUGAAAUGACACUAACAUGCAUAAUUGGGUAAUUUAGUAAUUAAAUUGGUUAAUGACGAAACAGUUUAUUAUUGACCGGUGACGUCGAUCUAAACGUCAUGUGUAUUUUCUCUGUAUACCUAAAACGUACAAAAAUGUCGAAAGGCGCAAGUCCCAGACCGUUAGGAAACUGCACUCGAAUGAUGACUGACUGGUGUCUUUUGAAAGCGAAAGGGCUAACGUUUAUCAUAUGCUCACACAUUAGAACUUAGUUCAUACAGAGAUUUGUCUUUGAGACAGUUUUUACUAUGCCAUGGGCGUCAAUCGAACGGUAAUAGACCUU